AUGGGACUGUGUCAUGGAAAGCCCAUUGAAGAUAACCCAAAACCCAUCUCGGAAAAUCUCGGUUCAUCCAUCCAAACUGAAACCUCCACAACCCCGACCACUUUCCCCUUCUACACCCCCAGUCCUCUGCCCAAUCUCUUCAAGACCUCUUCUCCGGCCAACUCCAGCCUCUCCUCCACCCCUCUCCGCUUCUUCAAGCGUCCCUUUCCGCCGCCUUCUCCGGCCAAGCACAUUCGGGCUCUCCUCGCCCGCCGCCAUGGCUCCGUCAAGCCCAAUGCCGCUUCUAUCCCUGAAGGAAGUGAGUGCGAUGUAGCCUUGGAUAAGAACUUCGGCUACUCCAAGCACUUUGCCACCUACUAUGACCUUGGCGACGAAGUGGGCCGCGGGCAUUUUGGCUACACUUGCUCUGCCAGGGCGAAGAAGGGCUCUCUUAAAGGCCAACAAGUGGCUAUCAAAAUCAUCCCCAAAUCAAAGAUGACUACAGCAAUAGCUAUAGAGGAUGUGAGAAGAGAAGUGAAAAUACUGCGAGCUCUCACUGGACAUAAGAACUUGGUGCAGUGCUAUGAUGCAUACGAAGAUGACGAUAAUGUCUACGUUGUCAUGGAGUUAUGUGAAGGAGGCGAACUUCUCGAUCGGAUACUUUCGAGGGGUGGCAAGUACUCAGAAGAAGAUGCAAAAGUUAUAAUGGUUCAGAUUUUGAGUGUCGUCGCCUACUGUCACCUUCAAGGUGUGGUUCACCGCGACCUGAAGCCCGAGAAUUUUCUUUUUAAGUCGAAGGAGGAGAGUUCCACUCUUAAGGCAAUCGAUUUCGGGCUUUCUGAUUAUGUUAAACCAGAUGAGAGAUUAAAUGACAUUGUAGGAAGUGCGUAUUACGUCGCUCCCGAAGUUUUACAUAGAUCGUAUGGAACUGAGGCAGACAUGUGGAGUAUUGGUGUAAUAGCUUACAUUCUUUUGUGUGGAAGUCGACCAUUUUGGGCUAGAACAGAAUCGGGUAUUUUUCGAGCUGUUCUAAAGGCAGAUCCAAACUUUGAUGAAGCCCCAUGGCCUAGUUUAUCAACUGAUGCAAUUGAUUUUGUGAAGAGUCUGUUGAACAAGGACUACCGCAAGAGAUUGACUGCAGCUCAGGCCUUGUGCCAUCCAUGGUUAGCUGAUCAACAAGAUAUCAAGGUGCCAUUGGAUACAAUUACUUACAAGCUUGUCAUAUCUUAUAUUUGCUCGUCGUCACUGCGGAAAUCAGCAUUGGGCGCUCUUGCAAAGACAUUAAAUGCUUCUCAACUAGGCUACCUUCAGAAACAAUUUAUGCUGCUAGGACCGAACAAAAAUGGGUUCAUUUCGAUGCAAAACUUCAAGACGGCUUUGAUCAAGAAUUCAACAGAGGCAACAAAGGAUUCCAGAGUUGUAGAUUAUGCCAACCUGGUUAGUUCCGUUCAGUACAGAAAAUUAGAUUUUGAAGAAUUUUGUGCAGCUUCCAUAAGUAUAUAUCAACUCGAGGCAAUGGAGAACUGGGAGCAACAUGCCCGGCAUGCCUACGAUCUAUUUGAUAAGGACGGGAACCGACCGAUAAUGAUAGAGGAACUUGCCUCGGAACUCGGUCUUAGUCCAUCUGUACCGAUUCAUGUGGUUCUCCAAGACUGGAUUCAACACUCAGACGGGAAACUUAGCUUCCUGGGAUUUGUGAGACUUUUACACGGUGUCUCUUCUCGCUCAUUUCAAAAGGCAUAAGACGAUUUGGGAUCGACUAACUCAGUGUUCUCCGCUCGACUUGACCGAAACGGGAAGUUGAAGGAAUUGUAUAUGGUGGUGAAUGAGAGAAGUGGUGAGGUUUUGUUGUAGGUAUGCAUAUGCAAAGUUGUUUGUAGAUUUUGGCAGUGAUUGAAAUAGAGGAAGAUAAUGUGAUUUUACAAAGUUUUAGCUCAAGUUGGUCAUCCAAUCCUUUGUUAAUGAAGUUUUAAAAGCAUCCAUUGUUAAUUUACUCUCCACCAUUAUCAUUCCAUUGUAUUGUAUUGCACAAUUUAUGACUU